AUGUUUUUUGAACUCGCUUUGUUUCAUACUCUGAGGUCUGAGCUGACUAGAGCCUCAUCCACCUUUGGACGGGAUCCUGAUCCUCCAUAUAAUGGUGGCGCAAGGAACCCCGAGGAGAUCCCAUGGGGAUCCGCCGGAGCUGACAUCAUCGUUGAGUCCACCGGGGUCUUCACUGACAAGGACAAGGCUGCUGCCCAUUUAAAGGGAGGUGCUAAGAAGGUUAUUAUCUCUGCUCCCAGCAAAGAUGCCCCCAUGUUUGUUGUUGGUGUUAACGAACACGAAUACAAGCCAGAGCUUGACAUCAUUUCUAAUGCUAGCUGCACUACUAACUACCUUGCUCCACUUGCCAAGGUCAUCAACGACAGGUUUGGCAUCGUUGAGGGUCUCAUGACCACUAUCCACUCUAUCACUGGUGAGAGCCUAUUGCUUCCUACUAUUUGCUAGUUGAUUAUGCAUGUU